CAUGGUGACGGCUACCCUUUUGAUGGCAAGGACAACCUUCUGGCCCAUGCCUUCCCUCCUGGCAAAGACCGGUUCAGCGGGGAUGCCCAUUUUGACGAUGACGAGUUCUGGACGCUGGGCACGGGCCUCGUGGUGAAGACCUACUUUGGCAACGCCGACGGCUCUUCCUGCCGCUUCCCCUUCACCUUUGAGGGCAAAAGCUACUCCACCUGCAUCACCGAAGGGAGGGAAGACGGGCUGCCCUGGUGUGCCACCACCCCCAACUUUGACCAGGACAAGAAAUACGGCUUCUGCCCCAGCGAACUCCUCUUCACCUACGACGGGAACAGCGACGGGGAGAAGUGUGUCUUCCCCUUCAUCUUUGACGGCAAAUCCUACCAGGGUUGCACCACCGAUGGCCGCACAGAUGGCUACCGCUGGUGCGCGACCACCGCCGACUUUGACAAGGACAAGAAAUACGGCUUCUGCCCAAAUAGAGACACGGCUGUGAUUGGAGGGAACUCCCAGGGCGAGCCCUGCUCCUUCCCCUUCAAGUUCCUGGGCCAGACGUACAGCAGCUGCACCACGGAGGGACGCACCGAUGGGAAACUCUGGUGCGCCACCACCAGCGACUACGAUGUGGACAAGAAGUGGGGCCUUUGCCCUGACCAAGGUUACAGCCUCUUCCUGGUUGCGGCACACGAGUUCGGCCACUCGCUGGGCCUGGAGCACUCCAGCAUCCGGGAGGCCCUGAUGUACCCCAUGUACACCUACAUGGCCGACCUCCAGCUGCAUCCGGACGAUGUGGCCGGGAUCCAGUCCCUCUAUGGUCGAGGAUCCGGCCCUCAGCCCACGGCGCCCAUCCCCCCUUCUCAGGCCCCCACGGAAGCUGGGGAUGACGACGGCUCUUCCGUGACCGAGACCCCCGCUGUGAAUGGCCGGGGCAGUGCCUGCCAGGUGGGGGGCUUUGAUGGGGUGGGCGAGAUCCAGAAGGCGCUGCACUUCUUCAAGGACGGGCAAUACUGGCGAAUGUCGAGCACAGGGCACGGGCCCCUGGAGGGGCCCCUGCGGAUCCAGAGCACCUGGCCGGACCUCCCAGAUGUGAUUGACGCAGCUUUCCAGGACCCUCUGACCAAGAAGAUCUUCUUCUUCUCGGGCCAGCGCUUCUGGGUGUCCCAGGGGCCACAGGUGCUCGGCCCCCGGAGCCUUGACAAGCUGGGCAUCGGGAAAGACGUGCGCAAGAUUGUGGGGAGCCUGACACGGAAGCAGGGGAGGAUCCUGCUCUUCAGCGGAGAUCAGUUCUGGAGGCUGGAUGUGAAAAAGGAGCAGGUGGACAGGGGUUUCCCCCGCUACAUUGACAGCCUCUUUCCUGGGGUCCCCACUGAUGCUAACCUGGUCUUCCAGUACAAAGGGAGGUUCCACUUCUGCCGCCACCCCUUCUGCUGGCAGAUGAGCCCCCGCUACCAGGUGACCCGGGUGGGGUACUUCAAGCAGGACGUCCUGAAGUGCCCUGAACAAUGAGACCCACCUGGACCCUCUGCUUCGAAAGGCCUCUGGAGGGGGGGCAUUGCUGUGCAGCUUCGACCCCCCCCUAGCUGGCCAGCUGAUGGGGCGGGCUCUCUGCUUGGGGGGGGGGGCAAAUGCUGCCCUGGCCCCUUGGGCCCCCACAGCCUGCGGAAGACUUGCCAGGAAGAGGGAGGGGCUGCGCUGGGGGGAGGAGAGCUCUCCUCAGCCGUGGUCCCGAUCCACUGAACGGCGUGGGAAGCUCCAGCCCCCAGCCCCUCCCCCGACUUCCGUCACCUGCUCAGGAAGCAGCCGACAGAGAGGAGGGAGGCUUCAUUGGGGGGGGGCACUCUUUGCAGCUUUGCAACUAUUUGUGAUUGAAAAGGGGGGCUCCCAUCUGCUCCCCACUUUUCUCCCUCCGGCUCUGCCUUUCUAGGGGAUUUGGAUAUCUGGCUUUAACAGAACAAGAGAGUUGGAAGGAAACUUGGAGGUCUUCUAGUCCAGCCCCCUGCUCAAAUGGCCCCCCCCUCUCCCUCCUUCCCCCCCUCUCUCUUCAUUUUGGGGGAGGACCUGCUGGGGUUUGCUCUCAGCAUUGCCUGGGUUGCUGCAAAUCCCUGGUGUUAUUUUUUGGAAAUAAAGAUUUCCUUUUGUUUUA